AUGCCGGAGGAUGAUGGAGUCCGUCAGGGGCCGCGGGGUCGGGACGCAGGCGCGCCUGAAACUGCCUGCGCCCGUACCAUAUGCCAGCUCAUCUCGGAUAUCCCUGUGGCCAGAUCCUCCCGGGGCAGCAGGGCUCUUCUCCUUGGGCCUGGCCGCUUCUUCUGUAGGUCCACCCUGCUGGGGAAGGUUCUGCGCAUUGAUGUGAAUGACAAUGACCGUGGGCCUCUGUACCGGAUCCCAGCAGAUAACCCCUUUGUGUGGGAGCGCAAUUCCAGGCCUGAGGUGUAUGCCUUUGGAGUGAGGAACAUGUGGAGGUGCUCUGUGGACCGUGGGGACCCUCUCACUGGGGAGGGCAGAGGGAGAAUUUUUUGUGGGGACGUCGGCCAGAACAAAUAUGAGGAAGUUGACAUCAUCGAGAAAGGGGGGAAUUAUGGCUGGAGGGCCAAGGAGGGCUUCUCUUGUUAUGACAAGAAGCUUUGUGCUAACAGUUCUCUUGAUGACAUCCUCCCUAUUUAUGCCUACUCUCACAAACUGGGAAAGUCAGUCACUGGAGGCUAUGUCUAUCGUGGCUGUGAAUACCCAAAUCUGAGUGGCAUGUACAUAUUUGGAGAUUUUAUGAGUGGACGUCUGAUGUCCCUCCAGGAGAACAGGCAUACUGGGAGCUGGGACUACCAUGAAAUUUGCAUGGGAGAGGGACUAACAUGUGCCUUCCCUGGGUUAAUUAACAAUUACUACCGAUACAUCAUCUCUUUUGCAGAGGAUGAAGCAGGGGAACUUUAUUUUAUGUCUACUGGCAUUCCCAGCGCAAUGUCCCCGUCUGGUGUUGUGUACAAGAUUGUGGAUCCUUCAAGACGUGCACCACCAAGGCAAUGUCACGUUCACCCUCAUCCUGUCAAAACAAAAAGCAAGCUGAUAAAAUUCAAGCCAAAAGAGACAUUAUUAAGAGUUGAACUACCAGCCAAGCAGCCAAAGCUCAGUAACACACAGCUGACUGUACCUCUACACAGACCUCAAUCCCAUAGUCAAGCAAAGAGAGAUUGGUUCCAGGAACUGUUGGACAUGCUCAGGGAGCAGGAGGCAAGCUUUUGGAGGACCACCCCUGCCAUAACUCCCUCCCUUAUUGACCAAGCCUUCCAACCAGCCAGGGGACACAAGACCAUAUACAGCUCAAGAGCUCAGCCUUGGGAAGGGGCCCUGCGCUUGGUAGGGAACAAUGAAGACAGACACAAUCAAGGUCGGGUGGAGGUUUAUAUUGGUGGGGAGUGGGGUACAGUGUGUGAUGACCGCUGGGAUAUUAGGGCUGCUGAGGUGGUCUGCCGGCAGUUGGGCUUCCAACGGGCCUUGAGGGCUACCACAAAGGCAGAGUUUGGAGAGGGAACUCACCUGCCUAUCCAUCUGGAUGAUGUCCAGUGCUUGGGCACAGAAGACAGCCUCCUGGAGUGCCAGCAUGCUGGCAUCGGCAGCCACAACUGUGCACAUUAUGAAGACUCAGGUGUGAUUUGCGGGAAUUCAAUACACUAAUGUCUUCUUAACAUUGCAAUAGUAAGUUACCUUGGUGAAUAAGGUGUGUGGGCUCAUAAUAUUACAUAGAGCCCAUUGGAAUUAGCUUUGGAGAAAAGCAUCUGCUAAAUAAAUAAAUGUAAGUGUAAUAGUGCAAAGCUUAAAGUGACCAUGACUUUUUUAAAAAACACAACUUCAUCUGUGCAUGUCCAUCUAUUCCUUAUAUAACAGUAUAAACAUUUUUCUCCAUAAUUCAACAAAAAUAAAUUAAAA